AUGGGUUUCAUCCCCAUUUUAAGUUGUUUCCCUCCUUGGCAACUUGGAGUCUCCACUUUGGUGGGUGCCACUGCUAGUUCGAUUAGCAAGUGGUGGGAUAAUUACCCGUCAAUACCAGGGAUUGGGUACGUUCUCCUUAAACUGUACCACAAAUGGGUUGGUUGUUUCCCUUGUAACUAUAAAAACAACCACUUUAAGGUCUUAUGGCAUAAGUGUAUGGUUACUGCUAUCCGGUUUAUCCCGGAUUUCAUUGGAAAUUUUUCCUUUGAAGUGGAUUAUUUUAUUUUGCAUUUGGGUUUGAUCCCCAUUAAUUGGUGUUUUUAUCCUAGGCAACUAGGAUUCUCCACUUAUGUGGGUGCCACUGCUAGUUCGAUUAGCAAGUGGUGGGAUAUUCACCCGGCAAUACACGGGAUUGGGUACGUUAACCUUAGACUGUACCACUUACAGGUUGGUUGUUUCCUUUGUAAUCAUAAAAACAACCACAUUUGGAGCCUUAUGGAUCCUUGUUUGCUUAUUGCUGUCUGGUUUAUCCCAGAUUUCAUUGGAAGUCUUUCCUUUGAAGUGGUCAAUUCUUUAAAGCAAAUGGGUUUGAUCCCCGUUAGUUGGAAAUUUCUUCCUAGGCAACUAGGAAUCUCCACUCUUGUGGGUGCCACUGCUAGUUCGAUUAGCAAGUGGUGGGAUAUUUACCCGUUAAUACACUGGAUUGGAGGUUGGGAUUUAACUCAAGGGCAAUUUUGGAAUAUUUGGAACAUUAUAUUGGAAGAUUUGUUGAAGAGUAAUUGGUUUAUUUUGGGCAAGAAAGAAGUUGAAGACAAAUUGAAGAAAAUUUGGAAAUGGUGGGAUUUGUUGGGAAAUAACGGUUUUAGCAACACACUUUCUUGUGUUUUGAAGAUUAUAUUUUGGAGUUUAUUGGACGUUAAAGUGAAGAUUGGAAAGAAGACUAGCAAUUAUUGUGAGGAGAAGAUUGGGAAGAAUUACAUGAAGAGUAUAGUUCAAAGUUCAAAGUUCAUUGCUAUUAUUGGUGGUAACUUGGAGUGGAAAUAUUUGCAAAUUAUUGAUGAUAUGAAUGUUUUGGCCAAUGAUUCUCUUGAUUUGGAAGUUCCUUGGAAGCAUUGGAAGACAAUCAUUAUUCAAACCUUGGACUAUUUGUUUGAGUAUGAGGCCAUAUUUUGGGUUUUGAACGGGUGGAAGAUUGGAAGCUUUAUGAAGAUUGAAGAUUUUGAAGAUUUCGUGAAUUGGAAGUUUUUUGGUUUUGAUUGUAUUGUGUAUCUCUUUGAAAGUUAUGUUUGGUUUCACUCCUUGCUUUGGAGUUGGACAUGGAAGUGGAUCGCUAAAUCAGAUACUUCUCUCAUCAAUAAAUUUGAAUCUGAAGCUAGUCUGAUCGCUCCUAAAAUCCCAUCUGAAGCUGGUAAUUCCGAAAACUCUAAAUUGGAUAGCAUGGUUUUAGAUUCUUCUUCUGUUGUGAAAAAUGAAGUUAUUCAAUCUAAUUGUUUGAAUUUGAGUUCGCAAAUUGCUCCUGAUGUUGCUGUUUUGAAAAAUUAUGUUAGUCCCUGUUCCAUUAAAAUCGAUUGUGCUUUCCCUUCUAUAAUUCUUCAUGUCUCUAUUAAUUCUAUAAAAAAGGAGGAGGAAUCAAUUGAUGGUUUAAGUCAACCUGUUAUUGAAUUUGAGAAGGAUAUUGCUCAAUUUUGUGGCCCUGGAGAGAAAAAUGCUAUGAUGGCUUUUUGGAAUGGAUUAUCUAUUAAUGAAAAAGAAGGAUUUGUUCAUGGAUUGAGGUUUACGAAGAAGAAAUACAACAGUGGUAUUGAUGCUGAUGAUGACAUUGUGGAUUCAAUUGAUGAUGUAAAGAAGAUUUCCUUGGUUAGUCAAAGAAAUGAAAUGCUGUUGAAUUGGAAAGAUCUUACCAAUAAGAAAAAAGAGAAAUUUUUCCAUAAACUUUGUACAAGCAAAGUUAAAAAGCAGGUUGAAGCUAAUUUUGGGAAGAAUCGUAUUCCAUUUAAACCAUCUUCUUCUCUAUUUCCUUCCUCGGUUAAUAUGAAGAAAUCCUCUGAUUUUGAAGCUUCCGAUGGUUUUCCAAAAGUUGGUGAAACUGUGAGUAAUCUUUUUCCUGAAGGAGUUCCUAAUUUGAAUUUGAAUGAACCAGUGAUUGUUGAUCUUCAAAAUAUAUGCUCUAUGCAAUCUUUGGUUAAGAAAAAGAAAGAGAAAAGGAAAAUUGAAAUUGAUGAAAUGGUGAGUAGACAGCUGGAGCGAGUGUGUAAUGAGAUUAUAUAUCACUUUCCUAGUAAGUUCAACCAUAUUGAUAUUGUUAAAAAAGGUGAUUUUAAUUUCAAUUAUGUUGAUCCGGAUGAUAAGGGUAUUAAUGUCCAAAUGUUGGUUGAUGAAAAUGAGGAAAAUAAAGGAAAUAUCUGGAAUAGUAAUGGUGGGUUGCUUAUUACUGAAAAUAUGAUGGAACAAAUGAAGAAUGGGGAGUUGAAGAGCAAGGUGAAUUUUUCUAUUCCUAAAACUAAUCUGGAGGAAUCGAAAUUAAAUGAACCUGUUUCGUAUGCUGAGAAAGUUAAUGGAAAGAAGCUCAAUGCUGCAAAUCGUAUUUCCAAGGUUAAGAAAAAUGCGGAUUUGCCUGAUGGAGUGGUGGAAAUGCCCAUAUGUGAUAUUCUUAAAGGAUGCAGCCCAUUUAAGACCAUUCUUUAUGAAGAGGUGAUGGUAAAUGAUGAAGGGAUCUAUUUCUUCAGAUUCAGUUCUAAACAAGGAAUGAUUUCUGUUUUGGAGGGUGGAGUGUGGAUGAUUUUUGAUAGUGCCCUUGUUGUUAGGAGAUGGACUACUGGUGUGAGUUCGGCAAAAGAUCAACACGACAAAGUUCCUGUUUGGGUAAAGAUUUUUAAUGUUCCCCUUGAAUAUUGGAAUGGAACAGGGUUGAGUCACAUUGCUUGGGAGAUUGGAAAACCGUUGGAUGUUGAUGCCCAUACAACGAAGAUGUGUCAAGAGCAUUGGGGAAGAUCGGCAUUCAUGAGAGUUUUAAUUGAAAUGUCUGCUUCUAAAGAAUGGCUUAAAGAAGUUCAUGUUUAUUCUUCGGAUCUUACUACUGGUGAAAGAAUUCUGUCAAAGUGUAAAAUUGAGUAUGCUUGGAAUCCUUCCAAAUGUUCUCAUUGCAAGGUUUAUGGGCAUAAAGAUAGUACUUGUGGAAUUUUACUUGCUAAGGAGGCCAAUGAUUUAGCGAAUUCUAAAUCUGAUGAUCAAAAAAAGGAUGGUAUUAAAGUUGACUUGAUGGAGGUUCUUAUUGCGAGCACUAAAAAAGUUGAUGAUGACAAUGAAGGGUUUCAAACUGUGGAAAAAAGGAAUAAGGGAAUAAAAAUGGGCGAAAAGACUAAGGAAGGAUUAGGGAAUAAAAAUCAUAAUUCUUUUCAAGGGCAAAAUGGGAAAAACCAAGGAAAUGGAAAGAAUAUGGUUGGAAACUCUGUUGGAAGUCAGGGGCAAAAAAGGAAUAGUUCAACUAAAAAUGGAAAUACUUUCGGUGGAAAUCAAUGGAAUAAGGGAAAAGAAGUUCAGGGGUAUAAUGGGAAAAAUCAGGCUGUGAGUGGAAGAACAAAUGGGACUGGUUCAGGUGGGAAUAAUUUUCAGGGGAUGCCUCAUGCGUUUAACUCUUUCCAGGAACCUAAAAUGAAUAUUGAAGGGGGAAAAAAGAUUGACAGUGGGCUGAAGUAUAUUCCAAAGUCUGGAGCUGAUUUUUAG